AUGGCGUCUAGCGUCGAUCAGAAGCGUCUCAAGGCAACAAAGUUUCCACCCGAGUUCGACAAGAAGGUCGACAUUGAGAAAGUCAACAUUGACCUCAUGAAGAAGUGGAUUGCUAACAGGAUCACCACUAUUCUCGGCGACGAAGACGACAUCGUAGUCGAGACCUGUUACAAUUUGAUCGAACAGAACCAAUUUCCCAAGAUCAAGGAAAUCCAAAUCCAACUGACGGGCUUCCUUAACAAGGAUACAGCACCUUUCUGCAAAGAGCUAUGGGACCUCAUGCUGAGUGCGCAAGACAGUCCUAUGGGUGUGCCCCGAGAACUGUUGGAGGCGAAGAAGGCCGAACUGCAGCAGGAGCAGCUUUCAAAGGCCGCAGCUGAUGCUCGACGGGCCGAAGAACAAGCGCAGAAUGCUAUGAUCGACUCUUUCCGACAAAGUGAGCGUCCUGAGCGUUCAGAUAGACCUGAACGCGGCCGUGGUGGAGGAAGAUACCGUGGCAGCGAUCGCAGAGGGCGCGGCAGAGACUUUGACAGAGGAAUUCCACGACGCGAGCACGACUCAAGGUCACCACCGAGACGGAGACCUUCACCACCUACUCGCGAGCGUGAUGUUUACAUACCUGGAGGGGGACGUGGUCGUGGACUCGUUCUGCAUCUCCACCACCUCGUCGUACACGUCGCUCACUAUCGUCAGAACCCUCUCAAUCUCCACCGCCCAGGCGUCGAACGCGGCGUUCUCCGUCAACUGACCGCUCAAGAUCUCCACCUCGCCGUGUUCGCCGUCGCUCUCCUUCGCGCAGCAAGUCUCCACCUGCAAGACGAAGGAGGGAUAGGUCUCCGAGCGAGAGCAGGAGGCGACACAAGCAUACUUCGCGCUCCAGUUCCCCGCCAUUCAGAACCAAAUCGAGCUCACCAGCGCCCAGGCUGCGAUCACGAUCACGAACCCCUCCGCGCCGCCGGCGUCGUUCUCUCUCGAGCUCCAUGUCUGUAA